UGACAAAGUACAAAUAUGGUGGAAAGUUGUGAUAAAAAAGUUAUUUAAACAAAGAACAGCAGUGUCAUCUAAUAAUAAAUUGCAAAAUCUAUUUAACGUAAAACUUUAAUUAUGAUGAGAGCAUAAUAAUUGGUAGCAAAAGUUUUAGAAAACCGGAAUUGAUAGGAAAUUGUUUUUAAUGUGUAAAUUAGUAGUAUAAAGCAAUGAAACGAAAUGUGGACAUACAUGAUGGCUGCGGCCCGAGGAGACCGGGCUAUGUCUAUGAUAAAUGCACGUCGCAACGGAAAUAGAUCUGAAGCUGAAUCGCCUAGCCGACAUUCUCGACCAUUAUUUUCUCAAAAUCAUCGUCUGCCUAACAGAGUUGGUAAUGGUCCAACUAAUGUCAGUCAUCCGUUCGGUACACAAGGGUAUCACAGCUAUGCAUCUACCUCGUAUCCAUUACCUGAAUACACCACCUCGAAUCCAAAUAGAUGUCCACCCAAUUCCAAUGAUGUAUUCGGACAAUAUGCUGCGGCAACAACAAAUCAUGUCGACCUAUCGAAUAACAGGAAAACUACUAGCGAGAUAACCAAUCGGCUGGGUAUGAAAGAUGAACGAUUAAGUGAAACUGUGAUAGAAGAUGGACAAAGUGAUCAAGAUCCGCCGAAUCCAACAAAAUUUGCUGCUAUACGGCGUUCCUUGCAUCAUUUGAGGCAUAGAAUAAGUAAAAGAGGUCGUGCAAAACCGCCCGACUGGUUUUUGGACAAAUUUUCGGGUUUACAAAAUUUACAGAAUCCUGGUGCUCCAUCGGAAGAAAUACACACGAAUCGAUUAUGCAGUCGUUUAUGGGUAGAUCCGUCCUUACCUUCACAUUACAGAUGGCUCGCCGUUGUAUCGCUUGCCGUUCUGUACAAUAUAGUUUUUGUGGUAGGACGUGCUGUCUUCUGGGAAAUCAAUCGUAAUGCACCUGUUUUGUGGUGGACGCUUGAUUAUUUGUGUGAUUUUAUCUACUUAAUCGACACAUUAGUUCAUUGUCACGAAGGCUAUCUCGAGCAAGGACUUUUAGUUAGAGAUGCAGCCAAACUGCGCAAACAUUAUUUUUCAACCAAGGGAUGGCGUUUGGAUAUUUUGUCAAUGCUUCCAACUGAUUUUGCCUAUUUAUGGUGGCCGCCGUCACAAUGCAAUGCCAAAGUUCCGUGUCCUGUGAUUGUGCGAUUGAACCGAUUGCUGCGUCUUCCAAGAAUGUGGGAGUGGUUUGAUCGAACUGAAACUGCUACAGGAUAUCCAAAUGCGUUUCGGAUAUGCAAAGUGGUGCUAGCAAUUUUAGUACUUAUUCAUUGGAAUGCUUGCCUUUAUUUCGCCAUUAGUUAUACGAUAGGAUUCGGUGUCGACAAUUGGGUGUACAACCUGAAUGGUACCACGAAUGCAACCCUAUCCCGACAGUACAUAUACUCAUUCUACUGGUCCACAUUAACAUUGACAACGAUUGGCGAAACUCCAACUCCAGAAAAUGAUACCGAGUAUUUAUUCGUAGUGGCAGACUUUUUGGCUGGCGUUCUUAUAUUCGCUACCAUUGUAGGUAAUAUUGGUUCGAUGAUAUCAAAUAUGAAUGUGUCGCGUGUAGAGUUUCAAAAUCGAAUGGAUGGUGUCAAACAGUAUAUGGCUUUUAGGAAAGUUGGUCAUGAAUUGGAAGCGAGGGUGAUUCGAUGGUUUGCGUACACAUGGGCACAAAGCGGUGCUUUGGAUGAGGAGCGUGUGUUGGCGGCGUUGCCUGAUAAACUGAAAGCCGAAAUUGCCAUUCGUGUUCACAUGGAUACAUUGAAACAAGUACGCAUAUUUCAGGACUGUGAGCCGGGUCUUUUGGAAGCUUUAGUGUUAAAAUUGAAACUUCAGGUGUUCAGUCCGGGAGAUUACAUCUGUCGCAAGGGAGAUGUUGGCAAAGAAAUGUAUAUUGUAAAAAGAGGUCGUUUAUCAGUGGUGGCUGACGAUGGAAUUACAGUGUUGGCAACGCUAGGUGCUGGCUCAGUUUUUGGCGAGGUUUCAGUGUUAGAAAUUGCCGGAAAUCGAACUGGAAAUCGGCGAACGGCGAAUGUUCGUUCAUUAGGUUAUUCUGACUUGUUUUGUCUGGCAAAACGAGAUCUGUGGGAGACAUUAGCUGAUUAUCCAGAAGCCAGGGCAUCGCUUACUGAACGCGGUUGUCAAUUAUUACGAAAAGAUGGAUUAUUGGACGAAGAAGUGUUUGCAAAUGCACAACGAGCGCAAGACUCUCUGGAAGGCGGUGUAGAGAAACUAGAGAAUGCAGUAGAAAAUCUUAAUCUAAGACUAGCUAGACUUUUGGCAGAAUAUUCAGCAAGUCAAGCGAAAUUGAAGCAACGUAUCGCAAAACUGGAAAUUAGUGCAAUGAUAUCACCUGAAGAAGAGGAGUUCGCGAAACCUCGAGCGUCACGUCUAUAUUCAAUGCAAACGAAAAGGAAAAGAUCAAAAACAGCGUCCGCAUCGUCAGCCAAUAAGCAAAAUACGUUAUGAAAACAGAGGUCGUUGUGCUAAGAAGUGCUAGAAGAAGCACUAUUAGAACAGAAAACAAUUUUCCGCUCCAUUCUUUUAUGUUAUAUUUCCAAAUUCAUUUUCUUUAUUUUCUUUAUUUUAAUCAAUAUCAUUGUUAUCCCAUUUCGAUUUGUUGAUAAACACGUAAAUGAUAUAAAUAUGAUCCGUAUGGAGAGAGAUUUUCUCUUUCUUUCUCCUUAUUUUGAUUUUCAUUGAUCAAUGAACUUCUGCCAAACAUGGGAAAAUAAUAAAAAUGAAAUGUGUCAACAAAAUGUAACAUUUAAUAGAGAGAGAAAGAGAGAAAAAAAUAUAUAUAUGAAACACAAUAUGUGUUGAAAUGAAAAUAACUUCAUAAAAAUGAGGAAUACAAACAAUGAAAAUACAAAAAAAAAUGGUUUUAACAAAAAAAUAUGUGCCUCGAAUGAAAACGAUAUAAAAAUUAUUUUUGUUAUUUAUUUUGGUGUAAUAAUAUACACACAAAGACAUAUUAUGAUUAAAAACGAAGCCUAGACAGUUCUAUAUAUAUAAACAAGCAAAACCAAAACAGAUCUUAUAUAUAUAUAUAUAUAUACUCACAUAUACCGAAAGCUUAAAGCUUUUUUUUUCCUCUGGUUCUUCUUAUUUUUUUUCCUUUCAUUUCAAUUAACAAAAUUACUAGCAUCCACACACAAACAUACACCACCCCGAAUCUAUAUGUAUGAUUUUUAUGAUGAAUUAAGAAAAUUGAUACGAUGUUGUUAGGUUCGAAUCGAAAGCAUGAUGGGAAUAUUGUACGUGAAUUGAAAGAUGAAUUAUUGUAAUUAUGAAUAUUAUGAACGUGAAUGGGUAAAGAUGAUAAACUUUUAUGUGAUUUGUUUAACUAUUUAAGUAAAGAAAAAUAUCUUUAAUUGAUAAAUUGUAGCUAAAAAUAACACUAAAUGUUAAAAUCGAAAUCCAAAAACCAAAACAAAAGAAAUGAAAAAUCAAAAACUGAUAUAAAGCUGAUUUGUCAUUUUAGAAAAUAAAUUGUUCUGUAUUUCGCGGAUUUGAUUGUAAAUUGUAAGACCAUUCUUCGUAGCAUUUAAGUAAAAGAAAAGAAACUAAUUAUGACAGUGAAACAACAUUAAAAUUAAAUUAAAUUAAACAAAAAGUUUAUUAAAACGAAAAGAAAAAGAAAAUGCAGACAUGCGGCUAUAUAAAUGCCAUUCAUGCGAAAGAAGCGGAUAUUCUAAGUUAAAAUUAUAUAUCAAAUAAUGGUUACGGUAUCCGUAUACCAUAAACCCAAAAUGAAAUCUUAGUCACUAAUCUGCUUGUUUUCAUUCUUUUGUUUUAUCGCGAAAAAGAGAAAUUAAAUAUUUUCUGCCAAAGCUUUAUGCUCAGCUCAUAAAGAAAACCAACAAUGCGCCGUCGGCUAGUCGACAAGAUAAUGUAAAUCUUUUUCGCAUCGGAUGCUUAAGAGGUCAUUCGUUCAGUGCCAUCACAUUAAUUAAUUUUUAAUUUGGCCGAUGCAGGGCCUAUUUUUGUGAAAUUAGUUCUUGAAUUUC